AUGCUGUCUUUGCUUCCUACUGUUGUUGUGUUUCUACUUAUAAUUGAACCGUCCCUUUCCUCGGCAAACAAUACAACACCUACAACGUCCAUAAAUAACGAACCCUGCCCUGACAUCUUCUCAUCCAACAUCACAAAAUUGAACAACUGCGGUCGGCGAGGAUGGGUUGACGAGCCGAAUGGAAGAGGAACCAUGGAUAUAAUAUGGAGUUGCUGCUUUACCAUGUUUCUAUGUUCAUGGUCAAGCCUAUGCCUUAACGUACCUGGGCCAAACGACUCCCAAUGGAAGAUCCUCUGGCGAAAGGCUUGCCUCACAGCCUUGGCUCUUCUGGGUCCGGAAUUCAUUUUUCAAAUUGCACUAUCUCAAUGGGAAUCAGCACGUCGGUCUGUGGAAGACUUCGAGGCUUUGGGGGUUGAAGGGUGGACCAUGACGCAUGCAUUCUAUACCGAUAUGGGUGGCUUCGUUCUUAAGACAAAGGAUUCGGAGCCUUUUCCGAUCAACGCAAAGCAACUUCAUUAUCUGAUCACAAAGGGGCACGUCGAAUUCCCCAAGAUCGAUGAGCGAUUGAUCGCCGACAAGAAUAAGCUUGAUGGCAUGUUACGCCUGAUCACGAUCUUGCAAACCCUUUGGUUCGUCAUUAGCCUCUGCGGCCGCGCAUCGCAGCAGAUGGCUAUCACGACGGGUGAGCUCACGACUGCUGCAUUUAUUGUGUGCAGUGUUGCGACUACGGUGUGCUGGUACAACAAGCCAGCCGACGUGCAAACCCCCGAGAUCAUCGAGACGAACACCCCACUCGAGCAGAUACUGGCCGAGGCAGGCGAUGCGGCCAACAGGCAAUACCGACAGACCCCACUUGAUUUUUUGACGCGCAAGGAGUGGCCGUGGUCUCUGUACUGGUCAAAUUGGACCAAUAUCCUGCGCAAAAUGCGCAUCAUCAUCCAAGUCCACCGUCGGCCGGUCGAUCGAUUUCAGAAUACCAUCGUUCCCGAGCCCUCAAGGCUUGGCUAUGGACUAUUCCUGGCCCUGACGGUCAUCUAUGCGUCGAUCUUUGUUUGUGGCUGGAAUUACAGCUUCCCGACCCGGACCGAACAGUAUCUAUGGCGCAUAUCAUCCGUCGCUGUUUUGGUUUGCGCGUUUCUUUUUUGGGCGGUUGGGCAUUUCGCCUUUUCUGUGUAUCCGUCUCUGACCAGGCCAUUUCUUGAGUCGAGAAGAAAAGGAAAUGGCAAAGUCGACGAGGAAUCACCGCCGAAUUCUACAUGGCACGCUUUCAGGCAGCGCGCCAGCCGUGUGGGGGCUCGAAUCAGGAACAACUCCAUUGAGCGAGAUCCUGAGCUUACUAUCCCGCUGAAAGCUAUAUUGCCGAUAUACGUCCUGGGGGUGGUUUACUGCCAUGCCCGCACUUACAUCUUCCUCGAGGAUAUCCUCGAGCUUCGUUCGCUCCCAGCUAGUGCCUAUAGUACCGUGAACUGGAUAGAUUUUGCACCGCAUGUUUGA